AUGGAAAAAGAAUUGGCUCACAAAUUGGAUGUUAUUCUCAAGAAACUAAGUGACGAUGUUUUAAAGAUAGAACAGGACAAAUUACAACACGUAUUUCAUUCAGUCCACACCAUAUCUUGGAUUGUGAUUUAAUCGAUAGUACCUUACAUAAGAGAGGAGUUCAGAGGCUAAACUAUUAAAGUGUUUCAAUUGAUCACCCAAUUGAUUAAGUGUCUCAAAGAUAAUGAUUUUGAUGAAGUGACCAAAAAACUGUUCUAAUAAAGAGCUUAAAGAAGAAGAUCUCUCAGGUUGAUCAAUUGUUCGUUGUGUGAUCAUUAUCGUAAAAUGCCCUCUAAGUAAGACCCUAAAUAAGCACACUACAAGAAAUACUUGGAUUAAUUGAAAAGAGAUGGAGUUGAAUUGAAUUCAAAAAUGGAACAUGCAGUAUUGGAAAGGAAGAUUAGAAAAUUAUCAGAUGAUGACGAACAAUUUGUCUAUAAGACAUCAAAAGCAUGUUAAGUUGAAUUAGAUGAAUUGUUAUUACAAAACUCAAAUAGCAAUGAAAAUGAGAAUCAAAGAAUAAGUAAAUCAGAUACUUUUGAUGCAGAAACACAAACUGAAAGUGUUCCAUCAAAAUUCUCACUUUAAGCUACAUCAGAAUUGAGAAACCAUUUUGUAAAUUACUAUUACUUACAUUCCUAAUAUGAUAGUGUAAAGUAGAUUAUAGAUGAAGGAAUUAAGGCAUGUUAAAAAUAAACUGAGAUAUUUUAGGAUAUAAACUAAGACACGCCUGCAUUAAAAGUCAAAUACUUUGCAUAAUAGUCUUUGUAACAUGUGUCUUAAGUGUUACAACAAAAAGUAGCUCAGAUUGAAGCAACGAAGGAAUUUAAAUCGAAAGAGUUGAAGGAGAAUCUUCCUCCUUUAGGUGAUAUCAUUAAGUAAGUGCAAUUGUAAGAACAUAAGAGAAAGGCAAUAGAGGCAGGUAUUAUAGAAUAUGAUCCUGAAUUUGAUCCAGAAUUAUUAUAGAAUAAGAGAAUAGAAUUUAGAGUUAAAGAGAUUAAUGGUUAAUAAGUGAUAGAGGAGGUGGUAGUAGAUGUAGAGAGUGGAGAAGUAAUCAAAAGCAGAGCCAGAUAAAGUGAUCCUCAAUAAGAAAUAAUGUUGGAACAAGAAGAAUUAAUUAAGUAAAUUAAAUCAAAGGAACAAACUAUAGAUGAAAAUGAAUGGAUUGUGGCUAAGUAUGGAAAUUAGAAGGUUAAGGUAAUUUAGAAAUCAGAUGAUGUGACCUAAUAUGAAGUUAAUACAGCAUAGGCGAAGAAAAUUGUUAGAGUGAAAUCUGUUGAUGGCAAUAAGCAAUUAGAAGAGGAAUGGAUUGCUCAAUAGGCAGACGGAAAACAUUAGUAUAAAGUAUAUUAGUAGAAUGGAUAAUUGCUAUAUGAAGACAAGGGAGAAUAGGUAGGCAUUAGAUUGUCAGCAAAGAGAUUAGAUCAUAAGGAAUCAAUAAUUGAGGAGAGAACAACUGAAAAUGGUAGUGUGAUGAGAAUAUUGGAGAAAUAAAAAUAUGGUUAGGAUACGAUAAAGAUUAUAAAAAGAAACAGUCAGCAUGAAGUCGUGGAAUCAAUUACCAAGUAGGUUUUGAAGGAUGAUAAUGGCGAAAUGUAUUAACACGAGGAAGAAGUAAAAUAAGGAGGAAUCAAAAUUAUGAGAAAAAUAUAUGUGAAUGGAGAUGAUUAGAGUAAGAAAAUAGACGAAGUCACUAUUCAUCCGAAUGGAAGGAGAUCUAGUAUUGUAUUGAAACAAUACAAGGAUAAAACUGAAGCUGUGUUUAAUGAUGAAUUUGGAGAUGAAAUUCAAGUGACCAAAUAUACAUAUAUUAAUGAAAAGGGAUAAUAAGUUGAAUGUCAAAGAAAAAUGAAUAUGAGAACUAAGGAAGUCUAAAUGCAAAAGACUUUUAAAAAUGAAGAUGGCAAAUAAACUAUUGAAACUGUCAUCACUUUGGAUGGUUUAGAAAUUGGCAAACAAAUUAUCAUUUAAAUUGGACCUAAUGAAAGAAUUGAAAGAAUUACCAAGAAUGGAAAGACUAUUGAGUAGAAGGUGUUAGUUGAUGAACAUGGCUAAGAGUCUAUCCAUAUGGUUGAUCAUGAGAAUAACAUGAAAAUUCAGACAACCAAUUUCACCAAGAAUUCUGUUGAAUAUCAACAGUAAACAAUUAAUCUAUCUAAUGGUGCUAAGAGACAUAUCCAUUAAAGGACAUAUUUUGAUGAAAAUAAUGAGAAGAUAAUCGAAGAAGAUCGAGUUGAUGAAUUUGGUUAAAGAAUACUAAUUAAAAAGAGGAUAAAUGCGUUAGGAGAAGAGAUUAUUUAAGAAUUUGAAGUUACAGAAAAUGAUGGAUUAAAUCCUGAAUUAAAAUAAAUUAGAUAAUCAUAAAAGAGAUUACCACGUGCUGAAUUAUAAUCUGUUGUAGUCAUCGAUAUUGGAAUUUAGACUGAAGGUUAAAUGCCAUUAUUCACACAAACUUAAGAGUAAUUUUAAUAGAAGAAAUAGAACUCUCAAAUUAUUAUCGAUAAACCUGAUUUCAAUGAAUUAGACAAAGAAGCAUUUAAAAAACUCUAACAAGGAAAAGGCAAGAAUGAUCCAUAAUUUUAAGAGGCUGUGAAUUAAAUCAAGAAGUUCUUUAAUAAAGGAGAUGGAGAGGAAUUAAAAUAAGAGGAGUUCAAUGAAUACUUAUCAAAGUUGAGAUAGAAUCAUUAAAGAUAAUGUGGUGAAUAGUGUUCACACUUACUAAGAUUUUAUGCAAAAUUAGGUUUCUUGAUCUAAAAGUCAGCUUUGAAUAGACAAGUUUACAAAUUAUAAAAAGUCUAAUUGUAAGCUAAAGAAUCACUAUGA